GGUGAGGACGGAGAGUGGUUUAAUUCCCGGAGGAAGAAGAAAAAGAGGCUCCUUAAUUUAUCCAAACAGCGUCGGCUACCGUUUAGUCACUCCGUAAUUUUCGAGAAAGUUUAGCAAAGUUGCAAACAUUGACACUUUAAAGGAGGAAAUAGUUGAGUUGGACUUCCACGUUUGUCAUUCUUUGAAGAGACUUUUCAGGACAUUUACGUGACACUGGGAACAGCUUCAGAUCUGGAGAGGCUUUUCACUCCUCUUGAGGUCCAUCGAGAUGGAUGAGCAGGCGAAUCCGUUGGAGAGAGACCAUUCUCUGUCUGUGGUUCUGCCAGGCGGGCUGGAGAAGAGCGCCACAGUGCAUGGAAGCAAACCAGUGAUGGACUUACUGGUGACCCUUUGUGCAAGUUACCACCUGAAUCCGUCCGACUACACUGUCGAGGUUCUCUCGCCCAACAAGAACAACAUCAACUUCAAGCCAAACUCUCCUAUCGGCUCACUGGAAGCAGAGAAGAUUGUGCUGAAGCCCAAAGGGACGGAGGAAAAGAUCAAGAGGCCGUACAUGCCUGAGGCAUCUGUGCGUCUGCUGAUUAACUACAAUAAGUCCCAUAAGGCCGUGGUGCGAGUGAAUCCCAGAGUACCCCUCGAGAUUCUGCUGCCAGUGGUGUGUGACAAGUGUGAGUUUCAAGUGGAAACCACCAUCUUACUGAGAGACUCUGAGUCCAGAGAGCCGCUGGACCUGACCAAAACCUUAAACGAACACGGACUGAGGGAAGUGUUCGCCAAAGACACAGCUGGUAAGAAGCCUAGUGAACACCACCCCAAAACACCUGAAGCAGCUGUCACGCCAACAGAGGUCAUCUCACCACCUCCACUACAAGACCUGCCAAAGAAGGAGAAGAAACAGAAGGAGAACUCAGGAUUUCUCAGCUUAUUCAGAAGAAGGAAGAAAAAAGCUAAAACGGAAGGGACAAGGAGCGCCCCAACUUCUCCUGGUCUCAACAAAGAAGUGAGAGUCAGUGUUAAUGCGCAGGGUGUUUCCUCUUCUAACACCCUGCCGACAGACGUGCCCAAAAAGAGACGAGCCCCUCAACCACCCAUGGGUGCGUCACAGAGCGUCCCAAACAACAUCGGCACCUGUCAUGUAAGAGGAUCACAGAGGUCUGCAGAAUCCACCUUAAGGAGCACCAAGAGGAGAGCCCCACCUCCGCCCUGUGCGAACAACCACCAGGAGCUGCAGGCGGACGCAGAGGUUAAAGGGACUGUAAACUCCCUGAAUACUGUAGAGGAGCUGAGAGAAAGCGGAGAGUCCGACUCUGUAAACCUAUCACUGUCCUCAUCUUCAUCAUCACUCCCAUCAUAUCCACGGCCAUCCUCCUCCCGUCCAUCCUUUGCUCAUCUCCACGAUGUGGCUGAUCCCUAUCUGCCUUCAUUUCGAGGAAAAGACUUAUCCGACGCCCGCAGCGCUCUUGCCAAAAUCCUGACAUCCUCUGUUUCCAAAAGAACACUCGUCAAGCGUUUGAGUAACUCUGCCACCUUCCCGAAAUUACACCAGGGCUCCUCCUUUAUGUGCAUGACUCAGAGGAGUUCAGAAAAUGAGGUUUUCGGUGCAAAACUUGAACCUGUUGUGACGUCCAGCCUCCCCACUGAGAAUGAGUGGGAGGAUCCCGCACAGAGGAGGGGAAUGACCACAUUCAAAGUGGUUCCAUCAAAAAAACAAAAGUCCCACGGUCCAGAAGUCACUACAGUAGAAGAUAAUCCUGAGAGUGAAGCUCCUUUUGAGAUCAGGAGAAAUCCAACUGAGACUGAGAAGAACCCGUGUUCUCCUGAGCGAACUGAGACUGAAACACCUCCGCAGAGUCCAGAACCUUCUUCUCACGAGAUUCAGGCAUCUUACAGGCCAGCUUCUCCUCCACCUCCACUCGUUUUAGACAACCAGGAAAGUCUAGGCUCGCCUAUUUCUGAUGUUGGGGACAAUGCUGAAAAGCAUCUGGAAGAUGAUGAACCUGAAGACGGCACUGAGGAGACACCAGCUGCACCGUCACCCUGCAGCGACAGAGAACUUCGCAGCGAACAACAGAUCGACUUAAAGGAUCAGCUGGAGUGUCAAAGCCCCAGUGGACAGUCCGUGAGUACAGAUGUGGAGCAUUGUGGUUCAUCCACUGACGCAAGGGAAGUUGAAGAGGAAGUGAUCCAAGAGGAGGACAACGAUAAGAAUGAAGUUGAGGAGGACACGGUCCAAAAAGAGGAUGAAGCUGAGGAGGAAGUGGUCCAAGAAGAGAAUGAAGUUUAUAAGGAAGUUGUGGAGGAAGUUGCCCAAGAAGGGGAUGACAUUGUGGAGGAAGUUGCAGAAGACAUUGUCCUAAAAGAGGAUGAAGUUGAGGAGGAAGCUGAGAGGGAUUUGGUCCAAGAAGAGGAUAAUAGUGAGAAGGAUGCUGAGGAGGACAUGGUCCAAGAAGAGGAUGAAGAUGUUGACUUUUUCCCUCCACCUCCUCCACCUGUCUUCUUUGACACAGAGGUCACGGAGGAGGACGAGAGAGAGAAUACCAGAGCUUCAUCUCUGCCAUCGUCUCUGCCGCAGAGUCCGACCUCCAAUGGGGGAACUUGUGCAUUCAGUGAGGACCAUGAACAUGAGCCCAGUUCAGCCUCACCCAACCAGUCUGCAGCUGCACCAGAACCUCUGGACAGGAUGAGCUCAGCCCCAUCCAGGUUUGCACAGGCAGUGGCGUUGGCAGUGCAGAGGUCCCGUCUCCAGAGUCAGAGGAAAAGUUUAGGCCCUCAGGCUCCCAGCGGUCCACAGAGCACACUUCCCUCACCGCCAAAGUCCACAUACCAGUACGGUGCCUGACGGGUUUCCUCACACAUCUUUGAAUAGAGGUCCGUGUUUAGGGUGAGAGAUCGGAGCAAGGACGCCAGCAUGUGACCUCCAGAUAACGUAAACAAAAGGUCAGAUGAAUCAUUAUUAAGUAGACGAACUGUUUCAUGACAACAAGCGACUGACUUUUAUUUUUUUCUCUUUCAUUUUGUGGGACACCUUGUUGUCUCAUUUUAUGUUGGACCUUAUAUUGACGUGUUGAACACAAAAGAUUUUUUGUUGUCGAGUAAGCCAAACGUACAGGACAAGAGCUGUUGAACUGACAGUGUCCUGUUUUUUCUUUACUUCCUUUUGAAUUUUCUUUGAAGACGUGCCAAAGCGGACGCAACGCUGACGUGAGAGCUUUUUAAUUUCUGUUUAUGUGAAACAAAAGACACAAAGUAGCUGCAAUAAUAGGCGUAUUUAUUGUUUGUUCUGAUUUUUGAUUUUUAUGCUUUAAAGACAUGAAGAAUGCAGUAAAGUCAUGAACUUGGUUUCAGAUUGGUUUGCGUUUUAGUCACCAGGUGGCAGAAGAGCAUUGUUUCUGAAAUGAAUAACCUGACAGCAUCCAUUUGUGAGGUCUUUUUCAUCAUAGGAGUUUGUGGUGGAUGCAUCACUAGUGACACAUUUUGUAUAAUUUCAAAAUGAAUAUUGUGUUCUAAUAACUCAGCAGUAUUAAUUAACUUACGACACAUUACUCCAAUAUCAAAUCAUCCGUGAUUGUCUGAGGAUUUUUCCGAUGGUUUUCUCUGUCCAUAUCCAUUUCAAAUACUUCCCCCCCGAAUAAAACACUGCAUGCAAUAUUUAAUGGGGACAUGAGAAUUUCCUGAAUUUCCAGCAACAGCAACAAAAAAAAAAAAAAACUGGAAGCAUCAGUUUUAUGCCAAGCAUCUCAACACCUUCCUGAAUAAACUCAGUCCACUUUGCUCACAUGCACACACUGUUAUGUCUUUAACGGACCCAUACCUCAGGGCAAUACUGCAUAGCUAUACUUGGGUGCCAAAAGAAUCCGCACUACUAUACGUAUUGAUCCAGCCCUGGCCUUGGAGGAACAGCAAGGAGCUAUGCGAGGUAGAGACCUAGCCAGAACCGCCUGUGGCAAAAGCUCCACGUUUGCCAGGCCUGGACUGAGUGGGCUUGCUUCAAGACUUUCUUUCUCUCUCUAACAUUCCUUGCUCCACCUGAGGAGAGAGAGAGGGAGAGAAAGAGGAGGACGGGUUGCUGGUGGAUGAUGGGAGGUGACCGUUGACCCUGUCGUGUUUCCGCGGCGCUCCCCCCAGAGGGGGCGCCCGGCCCUCAAGGGCACAGCCGUGUCACACUGCCGUUGUCAUGGAGAAUGCCAUUACCGCCCCUAAGGGAGAGAGCCAUGUCUAACGUUUAUAAAAAAAAAAAAAAAAGUCAGUAGAAAAAGAAACACACACAUGCUGGAGAGGAGCUCUUUUUCUGCCCAAAGCAAUGAUAUCAAAUGUAAGUGACAACUCUGGCAUUAUCCUUUUUUAGCACUGAAAGGUUGAAUUCCAACCUGAGCGGUGAUGUUCAUGAUUAUGCAGACAAAAGAAAGCUGGAUUUAUAAUGCGCUGUAACAUGAAAUGCUACUCUGUCAUGUACAUUUACGAUCCAGCACGUGACACAAGAUGCUAUCAGCGGCGGUGAACCUUUGAACAAAAACA